UACACAAAGCGGCGGGUGAGGGGAAGCUUCGCAGGCGUGCACCAAGCAGUGAGAUCACUGGCGUUAUAAAUAUCCCAGUUCCUGCGCCGAGAUCCAUUCGAGUGGCCUCUCUCUCUCUCCCUCCCUCUCUUCCCCGAGGCUAUGUCCACCCGGUGCGGCGAGGGGGGCAGCGCCAGAGGCACGCAGCCGCGCGGGGGCUACGGAGCCCAGAACCAACCCUACAAGAUGCACUUAGAACCCCCGCGGCUGGAAGAAUGAGCUUGUCCUUCCUCCUCCUCCUCUUCCUCAGCCACCUAAUCCUCAGCGCCUGGGCUCACGGGGAGAAGCACCUCGCCCCCAAAGGGCAACCCGGACCCGCAGCCACCGGUCGGAACCCGGCGGGCGCCAGCAGCAGUAGGAGCAGCAGGGGCACGACGUCUUCCUCUUCUUCCUCCGUCUCCUCCUCCCCCUCGGCUUCUCUGGGCAACCAAGGAAGCGGCUUGGAGCAGAGCAGUUUCCAGUGGAGCCCCUCGGGGCGCCGGACCGGCAGCCUCUACUGCAGAGUGGGCAUCGGUUUCCAUCUGCAGAUCUACCCAGAUGGCAAAGUCAAUGGCUCCCAUGAAGCCAAUAUGUUAAGUAUUUUGGAAAUAUUUGCUGUGUCUCAGGGGAUUGUAGGAAUACGAGGAGUUUUCAGCAACAAAUUUUUAGCGAUGUCAAAAAAAGGAAAACUCCAUGCAAGUGUUUGUUAUCUCUAUGGAAAUCCCCAUAGAGCACCUUUCUGGAUUUAUAUGAGGCCAAAUUUACCGAUGACUGCAAGUUCAGGGAGCGAUUCCAAGAAAACAGCUAUAAUACCUAUGCCUCAGCAAUACACAGAACUGAGCCAGCAGGCCGGGAAUGGUAUGUGGCCCUCAACAAGAGAGGGAAAGCUAAGCGAGGCUGCAGCCCGCGGGUUAAACCCCAGCACAUCUCUACUCACUUUCUGCCAAGAUUCAAGCAGCUGGAGCAGCCAGAACUUUCUUUCACGGUCACUGUUCCUGAGAAGAAAAAGCCACCCAGUCCUGUCAAGCCAAAGGUUCCCCUUUCUGCACCUCGGAAAAGUCCCAACACCGUGAAGUACAGACUCAAAUUUCGCUUUGGAUAAUAUUCUUCUUGGCCUUGUGAGAAACCAUGCCUUCGCCUCAGGAGUUUCCACGGGUGUCUUUAUGGCUCUGAAGAAAAACGUUCGGAUACACCUGCAGCUACACUCCACCAUAGUGAAGUCCAGUCACUUGUUUCAGCGCGACUGAAACAAAACUGUUUUCUGAUAGGAACUGAACUGGAAUUCUUUGUCCAACAUAGGGAGCACACUGCUUCAGUCAGGACGACAUAAAGCCUUUUGCUUUAUGCUUCGUGCAUACUCUGUAUUUGGAGAAAGUUAAACAGCGUGGACUAUGUAUUUUUCUGACUUUUACAGAUCAACCUGAAAGAACAUACAUGAUACAUUUUUAUUUUUGGUUUCCAAAGAAUAUUUUGAUGCAGAUAAAAUAUU